UGCCUGCAUUUACCGAAACAGAUCAUCCGUCAUUCUAAGUCAAUGAGCAAGUCUUUAUUUAUUUGCAUUUAAGAGUAUAUGGUCAAAUGAAUUUGUCCUAAAUCAAAUAGGUUUCUGCAUUUUUUCGGACAGAGUUGAACUUUUCCAUGUGAUCAGCUUCCAACAAGAUGUAGAACACAUGACUAUUGCAGAUAGAAUGGAAAGCCUGCAAAGAAAACAUUUUGAACUGAUGAAGUCUGGAAUGGAGUCGUUGCUGGGCGAUGAAGAACUGUCGGAUGUUGACAUAAUUGUUAACCAUCGGGUGUUUAAGUGUCACAAGUCUGUGCUGGCUUCUUUGUCUCCAUAUUUCCGUGUAAUGUUUACCGGAGGAAUGAAAGAGGCCGCCACGAAGCAGGGAACCAUACGGCUAAAGGACAUGGAUGAUUUAGAAAUUCCAUUUGAGAAACUGGUGGGAUUUUUAUAUACUGGAAAGGUUUCCAUGACGAUAGACGAUGUUCCAGAUAUGCUUCUAAUGGCUGCACACUUUCAGAUUGAUAUUUUACGGGAUCACUGCGAGGAGCUUUUAUUGGAACAACUGAAGGGAGAUAACUGCAUAGAGAUGUAUCGCUUGGCUUGCCUCUACAACUGUCCAAAUUUGGAGCUAAAGGCCUGGCCAUCCAUGCUAGAUGGAUUCACCAACUUAUGGAAAACAUAUGAUUAUGACAAUCUAACCCUGAAUGAAAUCAUCUCGAUUAUCCGGGAAGAUCGACUUGUAACUUUAGACGAGGAACAUGUGUGUGAAGCGGUUUGUAAAUGGAUUGAUUUCGAUCUUGAUCAAAGAAGUAAAUAUGCAUUUAAACUCCUAUGCCAUGUUCGUUUGCCGCAUAUUUCACGGGAGUACUUGGUGUAUCAUUUAUCGAGAGUGCAGUACUUCAUAGACGAUCCUCAAUGUAGACGAUUAAUCGAGGAAGUGAAGCAUUUCCACAUGUUGCCUGCGCGGAUGUUGGAUUAUAGCAGCCCACGGAUGAAAUAUCGGGCUGACGAUGAAUUAGAAGAAGUGCUUUUGGUGAUAACGGAGAACAGCGAUGAUCGAGGCUCAUUUUACCAGGGAGGAUGGUGCCUUUGGGCGUUCAGCUACCAUCAGCGAAGAUGGUUUACGCUUGCCCCCAUCCCAUUGGCAGAUUCUCCAGGAAUGAAUUUUGCUAUCUGCUCAUAUGGCUACGACAUUUUCCUCUCUGGGGGGACCAGCAAUCCGAAGUCUCUUCUGAAGUUCGAGAGCCAACGGAAUGAAUGGGUCACGAGUACAGGUCAGUUGAAGAAGGUGCGAGUCCAGCACACCAUGAAUGCUGUUAGCAGCUCCCUGUAUUGUAUUGGGGGUCGGCAUCCAAAAUUUCAGCAAGUUAAUGGAUCGAUAGAGGAAUACAAUAUCCUAGGUCAGAGGUGGCGGACUGUUGGUGAACUGAAUCAUCCUGUUUACUCCACCACAUCGACAGUAUGCGGAGAACAGAUUCUCUUAUUUGGAGGAAUCGGCAAAGACAAUAAACCGAUGAAUUAUGUGCAGUGUUUUCACACAAGAACGAAGGAUUCUAGUGUAAUAUCGACUUUGCCUUAUCUCUGUAAGAGGAUUAUCACAACAACAAUGGGCGAUGAGGUUUUCAUCACUUCUAUUGACGAGGACGACUCCAGUCUUGUGUUAAAAUUGACAUCCGAAUUCGGAUUCACUGACGCGGGGAUAGAAUUACCGGUUGACAGUAAAAUUUUAGCGAUAACCCAUUCGGAAGGACAGCUGGUAGUUGUAACGGAGAAUGAAAAAUGUAAAGGUUAUCUCGGUGACAUCGUUAGAGUGAAUGUGAAGAAUUCGAAAUCGGUUCCACUUGAAAUGCAGGGGACCAAUUGUCCAAGGCCUGUUCAUGCCUGUCAUAGACUUUAUGUGGAUAAUCGAUUCCUUUAUCAUACAUACUUUCAGUAAACAUUUUAUGCUGAGUGUUGCUUAUAAGUGCUAUUUUUUGUUGGUUCCUUAUAUUAUUUAUUAUAUUUCUGAACUUUAGUCCAAAUCAUUAUUUUUGUUAUUACUUAAAAACAUUUUGCUGGAAAAAUUCUUUUCUUAAAGAUGCACCUUUACUCCCAAAUAAGAUUUACCAAAAUUAAUAAUACUGUUUUAAUAUUCCAAAAAGGAUGAAUAAAUGUCGAAAACAAUUGUUUUUAUGAAGGAUACCAAGCUUAAUUUGAAAGAAAUGGGCAUAAAACACGGUAUUUCUAAUUUAUAAGACUAUAGUAAACCACAGUAAAUCUUUUAGCAUUCACCAAUCAUUUAAUAUUUUUAGCGCUUUUUGCUAUUAAAUACACAGUUACAAUCUUGUUAUCAGUAAUUAAUAUUUUCCAUAAAUGCAUUAUUUAGUAAGUAAUAACCUGUUAAAAAGUAUGUAUUGAUUUUGAAUAAGAGUGUCACUUAAAUUACUGCAAAAAUGAGGUUUUUCAAUGUAAAUCAUACGUUGAUUCUUAAAAAGUCUUAAAGGGACUUGCUAAUGUUUUUGGACCAAAUUUAUUUUUCACUGUAAUGUAUCUGAAAACACUAAUAUUAUAAUUAUUUUACUCUUUAAUAGUGAAAUUGCGCAAAAUAUACAAUUUACAUAAAAAACCUGAUAUUAGUGGGAAGCAACUCAUGUCAAUACAAUCAAGAAAAAAAUAGAAACACACAAUUUAACCUUUUAAGCCUUUUGUUGAUAAGUUUUACAAACUUUAAAGACAAUAUUUGAGCAUAUAUCAACAUUUGUUGAAGGGUUCCAGCCAUCAAUAUCUUACUUUUAACAAUCCUUAUGAUUUGCCACACUUUUCGUCAUAAAAGGGGACAUUUUACAAAACUUGAGCAUGUCACUUUAAUCAUAUAUAAGUUUGAAACAUUCCAUGAUUUUCUGUGAAAAAAAGAGUUUAGAAUGGGAGAUUUAGUUUUUACUUAAAAUAAAUAUUUUUAUGAUGUUGGAGCUUUAUUUCCAGGUCACAAGUUCAUAAAAUUAAUGUUAUGUUUUGUUUAUGUUUUGUAUAUUUGUUAUUCAUGUCGGAAAAUAGCUUAUAUUGUUAUCGUAAAGCCGACUCUAAAUAAAGAUUCUUGUAUCUUG